UAUUUGAGUAGAGAUGGCGACGAGUACAUUGAAAGUUUGGCACUGAAUAAAAAAGAAAAGACAUUAAUCAAUCAAGAAAAACUACAAAAAAUUAAAGCAGUUCUUCUUGACCCUAUAAAUACUACUCAAUAUACCUCUGCUUUUCGUUAUUGGGCUAGCAUUUUUUCUGAAAAUGAAAUUUCCAAUGAAUUUGGAUUAGAAAAUAUUCAGGAAUUAGUUAAUGAUUUAGAUGAUUUAAUCGAUAAUGCUAAUUCUAUACCUUUAAUGACAACUGAGUCUUCAAGUUUAAAUCAAGAUUCAAAUAUAGAAAUGCAACGCAACUUAGUUGAUGAUAAUAAUCACAAAAACCAAGAUACUGAUACA